UGGCGUGAACACUUGUUCAUGUGAAAAAUAAAUCAUGUCAAAUGAAUAUCUUAUUUUAUGUCAACAGAGUUGCAUAGGAAGAAGUGUAUUGACUAAACAAGCUUUCUGCAUACACAUCAUAUAUGGAUGUAAUACACAGGAUGUAUCGUUUGUAAAGAACAAUACUUGAAAUGGAAAUAAUGAAUCAUAAGCUAAAUCAUACUUGUUGCUGGUUAACAUUUACAUCUUAGUACUAAGUAUAGGCAAUAGUUAAAGCUGUAUAAGAAUAGCUUGAUAUAUAAAGUGGUUGGCCUUCCUUGGCAUUUUAAACAGUGUUUGAUCAUGUUAUGUGUAAGACUGAUAUGAAAGGUUCAGGGUGAGACAAAAUGAACAAAUCCUAAUUUUCGGUAUACAGUGUUCAUUUAUAAUUCAUAUAAAGUAAGCAUUGGAGUGAGUUGGCGAACUAACAGUUUGUGACAUGUAUUGUACUAGUGAGAAACAAUGAAAAAAAGUGAAAACAGUUGGUUGCUACUUUCCAGAUUGCUUUAAAAGUUUUGCACAGAUGGGAAGAUAGAUAAUGGUGCUGAAGAAAAUGAUUUUUGUUGCUCAUGUUAUGUUACUUUUACUGGUAACCAUCACAACAACUAUACAAGGAUGUCCAGACAACUGCCGCUGCUCAACAACGCCAGUGGUUAUGGAUUGCACACAAGCAGACACAACCAACCUUUUAACAACAAUACCAACUAUUCCCAAUGCAGCAGUUCAGGUUAUUUUGGACAACAACAGAAUUUCAACCAUCAAUGAAAAUGAUUUCCAAAAUACUGGAGAAUCUUUGGUUUAUUUAAGCAUGGAAAACAACAGUAUAACUUCAAUUGGCCAAAAUGCAUUUGGACAUGUUACAAACUUAUUAGUGUUAAGUCUUUCAAGAAACAGCAUUAACCGUUUGGAUCAAAAUAUGUUCAUAGGGUUGAAUAAGACAAGUGUGCUUAAUAUGGAUAACAACAAUAUUGCUGGUUUAGAGUGUGGAACAUUUGCACCGAUGGAAAGUUUGCAGUAUUUACGUUUCGCUCAAAAUAGUCUAACCUCUGUUGCCAGCUGUACAUUCAUGGGGCUUAGUCGAAUUGUGUCUCUGGAUUUAUCAAACAACAAACUCACACAAAUAUCCAGUGAAGCCUUUGUGAAUAUGCAGCACUUGAAGAAUCUACAUCUAAAUAAUAACUUCUUAGUUACACUAUCUGCAGAAUGGUAUGCAGGCAAACAGCUUGCUGUUGUGACUUUAUCAGGAAAUCCAUGGCUAUGUGAUUGUGGUUCAUACACAACUAUACAACAAGCUAUGGAAGCAGGACCCGAGACAAACUGUAGAGAUGACAACAUGUGUGUUGUGUGCAACAACCCACCAAGAUAUAGACUUGUAACUUUUACAACCAUCAAUGAAUCAAUGUGGCAAGAAUGCGAUGCCAGUAUGCUUACAACUCUACCUCAUAGAGAUAUAGAAAGAGACACCGAAAUACUGACUACAAAUGAACAACACAGCACACAUAAAGUAGUUAGGUCUAUUUCAAGACGAAUUCUUCUUUCAGACACAACUAUUCAAAAGGAAGGCGUGCUACAAUGCAACCCUGACAACACCACUUGUUGGUUGGCACCUUACCAAAACAUAACAUACAUCCUGAAGAAAAACAUUCCAGUAACGCUACAGCAAUUGCAUCUGGCACACAAUCUAUUUCAAUUUAUAAAUGUAACAGAUUUCCAUGAUAUUGUGAAUUUGACUAAUCUUCAGUUGUCUUCCAACAUUAUCUCAAAUAUCGAUGAUUUCUCUUUCACUCAGAAUGACAAACUACUUAUAUUAAACUUGGCCAACAAUCGUCUCAGUACAAUUAAUGUGAACACUUUUGCUGGCUUAUCGGGUUUGAUGAAUCUCUACUUACAGAACAACAGAAUAACUACCAACCUUACUGCUGGUAUAUUUCAACACCUUACCAGUUUAGAAGGUUUAUAUUUGAGUGGAAACCAAAUUUCCCAAAUUGACAAUUGUGCUUUCUGCAACAUUACCAGUAUAGUUAAUCUUGAACUUAACAACAACAGUAUAUCAGUUUUGCAGAAAGACGCUUUUAAGGGCUUGACAAGAUUACAAACCUUGUCUGUUUCACACAACCAAAUCACACAAUUUGACUUUACGGUUCUCAGAGGAAACCCACCUCGUACUCUACUUACGGAGGGUAACAAUUGGGUGUGUGACUGUGCAAUGAAAACUAUGGUGGAUUCUUUUAAUGGAACUUUCCCCAUCUCCUGUGUUAGUGUAGGAAUUGGUAGCUUAUGCAUUCAGUGUGCAACACCCAACAAUCUAGCUGGCUUGCUAUUGAACACACUACCUAGAAGUAAUGUGGCAGGUUGUGAGCCGACAACGACUGCUGCAACAAUUAAUUCAACAACAACUGCAACAUUUAAUUCAUCGAGUGCAACAACACCUGUGACAAUAAUGGCAACAAAUAUUUCAACAACUGCUGCAAACUCCACAAUGUUACCUAAUCAAACCACAAACCCGUCUCCAACAACAGCUGUCCCUUCAACAAGUAACACGACGGCAACACUGCAACAUAAUUCCACAACCACAACUACAAAAGCCAACACCCCAACCCCUGGAUUUAUAUCAAGGAAAGCACAAAUAGAGAAAAUUCUGUAUAUUGUGAUUCCUGUAGUUGGAGGAUUACUGCUUGUGAUAGCUAUAGCACUUAUAUAUGUUACUUUUGUGAGAAAACCCCUAACAAGAACACCAGCCCAGUUUGGGUCAAGUGGAAGGUAUGAACCAAGCAAUGCUCAUGUUCAUGAUCAGACUCAUGUACCAUUAGAAGUUUUGAACGUCUUUGAAAAUAGCGUAGAGGACAAAACUGAACCAAAGUGAUUUCUUAAUUUAGUUGUAAUGAAAAAAGCGGAAUGUGGGAAUGCAAAAUUACUUUUCUUUACCGUUUGCACUUAAAUAAAAUCUAUUUCUAUCCAACUUCUCUUAACAGCAAGUACAUACCCCUAUUGUUUAACAAAGUACACCAUUCCCAUAUACAGUAUCAUCAUUACCUAAAGCCUUUUAAGCAGGGUAUUGCCUGCUAUAACGACAUAUUGCUGACAGCAAUUAAUUAGCCUAAUAUACAUGGAACAUUGUACAUUGUACAGUUUAAGUUUAGUUUACCAUGCACUUUUGUUUAAAGUUUUUAAUUUUUUUGGUACGGAAUAAACAAUUACACAAGAUAUAA